UUACGUCCUCGGUGGAAGGCUUCGCGGAAGACUUGAUUUUUUUUUCAAGUUUGUUGGAUUCUGUGGGAAUAUUUGCUUUACCGUGCAAGCUCCUUCUAGGGAAACCCCGGUGUGGUGGUAUCCCUUCGCGAUGCGAAGAUGGCGCCCCUGCUCCCUCCCCCAGGCACCGAUAUGUUCCGCCGUUUCACCCAGGAAUCGCUGGCGGAGAUCGAGAGGCUCAAGGAGGAAAGAAAAAAGCCAGCAGAAGUAGAGGGCCAUGUGGAAAGAAAAAAGGCCACGGAAGAAGAGGGCCACGAGGAGGAAGAGCCAACGGCCCCAAAUGCUGAUCUGGAGGCGGGCAAGAGUCUGCCCUUAAUAUUCGGAGACCCUCCGCCAGAGCUGCUCAACACACCUCUGGAGGACCUGGACCCCUUCUACAAAGCACAGAGUACAUUCAUUGUGAUCACCAAAGGAAACACAAUCUACAGGUUCAACGCUGAACCGGCUUGCUACAUUCUGAGCCCCUUUAGUGUGAUUAGAAGAGGAGCCAUCAGAAUUCUCAUACAUUCAUUAUUUAGCAUGUUCAUCAUGAUUACCAUUCUAUCGAACUGUGUAUUCAUGACGAUGAGCAACCCACCAGCAUGGAGUAAAACCGUCGAGUAUGUUUUUACUGGAAUCUAUACCUUUGAGGCAACAGUCAAAGUGUUAUCAAGAGGUUUCUGUGUUGGAUCUUUUACAUUCCUUCGAGAUCCAUGGAAUUGGCUGGAUUUCAUGGUGAUCAGCAUGGCAUACGUCACUGAGUUUGUUGACCUUGGCAACGUGUCAGCCCUCAGGACAUUUCGUGUACUUCGAGCCCUCAAAACAAUUACUGUGAUUCCUGGUUUGAAAACCAUUGUGGCCGCUUUGAUCCAGUCGGUGAAAAAAAUGGUGGACGUCAUGAUUCUGACCGUCUUCGCCCUCGCUGUUUUCGCCCUCGUCGGCCUUCAGCUGUUUAUGGGAAAUCUGCGUCACAAAUGUGUGCGGUGGCCCAUCGACACAAAUGAAACUGCAUUUGAAUUUUUUAACACCACCACCACGUUAAACGACACCCUGUCCUUCAACAACACCAUGGGCGUCAAUGAGACAGCAUAUUCCAACAGUACCUUCAAUUUCAUUGAGUAUAUUGAAAACACAGAUAAUCACUAUUUUUUGGAUGGCAGCCCGGAUGCUCUGAUUUGUGGAAACAGCUCUGAUGCUGGAAAGUGCCCAGAAGGAUACACAUGCAUGAAGGCUGGGAGGAACCCCAACUUUGGCUACACCAGUUUUGACUCUUUUGGCUGGGCCUUCCUGGCCCUCUUUAGACUCAUGACCCAGGACUACUGGGAGAACCUCUUCCAGCUGAUCCUGCGGGCGGCUGGCAAGACAUACAUGCUGUUCUUUGUGGUGAUUAUCUUUCUGGGCUCCUUCUACCUCAUCAACCUCAUCCUGGCCGUGGUAGCCAUGGCUUAUGAUGAACAGAAUCAGGCAACUCAGCGAGAGGCCAUAGAGAAAGAGGAGGAGUUCCAGCGGCUACUAGAGCAACUCAAGAAUCAGGAACAGCAGGCUCACGCUCUUGGGAGCCGGCUCACUCUAACUAGUAAGUCACUCAGUCAUCACACCAUGUCUGAGAUGACAGAUGAUGAAUCCAGCCCUAACAAUGACGAGAAUAUCAAGGAUUGUAACGGGAGAAUCAUCCCCCGUCUGUUAGUCAGAGCGCCCACCAUGGUCAAGCCCACUACAGAGUAUGAACUCAGCGAGAAGUCAAUAGGCUCUUCUGUGCACAGCAUGCUUCAUCUGGAAGAACCGGGCCUGACACAGAAGUCUGUUAGUGCUCUCACUGUGCUCACUGCAGCUGCUAUGGAAGAGUUGGAGGAGGCUCAGAGGCCGUGCCCACCGGGCUGGUACAAGUUUGCCGACAUUUUCCUCAAGUGGGACUGCUGCCCGCAGUGGGUGCUCUUUAAGAAGUGGGUGCACUUUGUGGUGAUGGACCCUUUUGUCGACUUGGCCAUCACCAUCUGCAUCGUGCUCAACACCCUUUUCAUGGCCAUGGAGCACUACCCAAUGACCCCGCAGUUUGACCACAUGCUCUCAGUGGGGAAUCUGGUUUUCACUGGGAUCUUCACAGCGGAGAUGUUCUUCAAGCUGAUCGCCAUGGAUCCCUACUACUACUUUCAAGUUGGCUGGAACAUUUUCGACAGCAUCAUUGUCACUCUCAGUCUGGUGGAGCUGGGGCUGGCCAAUGUCCAGGGGCUGUCUGUCCUCAGGUCCUUCCGUCUGCUUCGUGUCUUCAAACUAGCCAAGUCCUGGCCCACGCUCAACAUGCUGAUCAAGAUUAUCGGUAACUCAGUAGGAGCUUUAGGAAACCUGACUUUGGUGCUGGCCAUCAUCGUCUUCAUCUUUGCCGUGGUCGGUAUGCAACUCUUUGGCAAGAGCUACAAGGACUGCGUGUGCAAGAUCUCCACAGAGUGCGAGCUGCCGCGCUGGCACAUGAAUGACUUCUUCCACUCGUUCCUCAUCGUGUUCCGCAUCCUGUGUGGGGAAUGGAUCGAGACCAUGUGGGACUGCAUGGAGGUGGCCGGAGCUGGGAUGUGUUUGGUCGUCUUCCUGAUGGUCAUGGUCAUCGGAAAUCUAGUGGUGUUGAACCUCUUCCUGGCCUUGCUGCUCAGCUCGUUCAGCGGGGACAACCUCUCUGCGGGGGACGACGACGGAGAGAUGAACAACCUCCAGAUUGCCAUCGGCAGGAUCACGCGAGGCAUCGACUGGUUCAAAGCCUUCGCCAUGCGAAUUGUCCUGCAGAUUCUCGGCAGGAAGCCCAAAGAGCCAGAGGAGCCCGAGCGGGGUCCGACGGACGACGAGGACCCUAAAGCAGAGGAAAUUGAAAUGAACCACUUGGACACCGGUCAGAAUUUCAAAAUGGCAGAUGGGAUACCUAAUUGUUUGGUUGAAGGCCGGCCCUCUGGAUUUAUUGUGGAUGGAGAACUCAGUCUCAACGUGCCGAUCGCUCAGGGAGAGUCAGACUUUGAAAACCUGGGCGAGGAUGAAGAGGAUGAUGGUGAUAAUGCCAAUGACUCAGAGACUUCAGAUGAGAAAAAAAACAAACACUUCUCGGAAAACUUAGAAGAAGAACAUAGUACGCUGGGAAAUGUCAAACUGAUGGGUGCUUUGACUGAUGGGGAUUCUUCAGUGUGUAGCACAGUGGACUAUCAGCCACCUGAGCCUGAACCAGAAGAAGAGGAGGAAGAAGAGCCAGAACCUGAGGAGCCAGAGGCCUGCUUCACUGACGACUGCGUCAGGCGCUGGCCGUGUCUGACUGUGGACAUCACCGAAGGUAAAGGCAAGAAAUGGUGGAACCUCCGCAGAACUUGCUUCACAAUUGUGGAGCACGACUGGUUUGAAACCUUCAUCAUCUUCAUGAUCCUCCUUAGCAGCGGAGCUCUGGCCUUUGAGGACAUACACAUAGAAAGACGCCGAACCAUCAAAAUUAUUCUGGAGUACGCAGACAAAGUUUUCACCUACGUAUUUAUCAUCGAGAUGCUCCUUAAAUGGGUGGCGUACGGCUUCAAGACCUACUUCACCAAUGCCUGGUGUUGGUUAGACUUUUUCAUCGUAGAUAUUUCCCUGAUUAGUUUAGCUGCCAACUGGAUGGGAUACGCUGAGCUUGGACCAAUCAAAUCCCUCAGGACUCUCAGGGCGCUGAGGCCUCUUCGAGCGCUGUCAAGAUUUGAAGGGAUGAGGGUGGUGGUGAACGCUCUCGUUGGAGCGAUUCCCUCCAUCUUCAAUGUGCUGCUGGUGUGUCUCAUCUUCUGGCUCAUCUUCAGCAUCAUGGGAGUCAACCUGUUUGCUGGGAAGUUCUACCGCUGUAUCAAUACCACCUCGGAUGAGCUUUUCCCCAUGGACGAGGUCAACAACAAGAGCGACUGCAUGGCCGUGAAAGAGGCCACAGCGGAGGCCCGCUGGGUCAACGUCAAAGUCAACUAUGACAAUGUGGGACAAGGCUACCUGUCUCUGCUUCAAGUGUCAACUUUUAAAGGCUGGAUGGACAUCAUGUAUGCUGCCGUUGACUCAAGAGAGGUAGAGGAGCAGCCUUCUUAUGAGAUCAACCUCUACAUGUACAUGUACUUUGUCAUCUUCAUCAUCUUUGGCUCUUUCUUCACACUCAACCUCUUCAUUGGUGUCAUCAUCGACAAUUUCAACCAACAGAAGAAAAAGUUUGGAGAUAAAGACAUCUUCAUGACUGAGGAACAAAAGAAGUACUACGACGCCAUGAAGAAACUUGGUUCCAAGAAGCCACAGAAGCCAAUUCCACGUCCAACGAACCUAAUCCAGGGAAUGGUGUUUGACCUCAUCAGUCAGCAGUUCUUUGACAUCUUCAUCAUGGUGCUCAUCUGCCUCAACAUGGUGACCAUGAUGGUGGAGACGGACGACCAGAGCCCGGAGAAGGAAGACUUCCUGUUUAAGCUAAACGUGGCUUUCAUUGUCGUCUUCACUGGGGAGUGCGUGUUGAAGCUGUUUGCCCUGCGACAAUACUUCUUCACCAACGGAUGGAACGUUUUUGACUUUGUUGUGGUCAUCUUGUCCAUAGCGGGUACAAUGCUCUCUGACCUGAUCGAGAAGUACUUUGUGUCACCGACUCUGUUCAGAGUCAUCAGACUUGCCAGAAUAGGCAGGAUUCUGCGUCUUAUUAAAGGAGCAAAGGGCAUUCGGACGCUUCUCUUUGCUCUCAUGAUGUCACUUCCUGCCCUAUUCAACAUUGGCCUUCUGCUCUUCCUCAUUAUGUUCAUCUUCUCCAUAUUUGGCAUGUCAAACUUUGCCUAUGUUAAAAAACAGGCCGGAAUUGACGAUAUAUUUAAUUUUGAGACGUUUGGUGGCAGCAUUAUUUGCUUGUUUGAGAUCACGACGUCAGCCGGCUGGGAUGGGCUUUUACUUCCAAUGCUGAACAAGGAGUAUCCAGACUGCGAUCCAGACAUUGAGAACCCGGGCACGGAUGUAAAGGGGAAUUGCGGCAACCCGGGCAUGAGCAUGAUAUUCUUCUGCAGCUACAUCAUCAUCUCUUUCUUAGUGGUGGUCAACAUGUACAUCGCCAUUAUCUUAGAGAACUUCAAUGUGGCGCAGGAGGAGAGUGGCGACGCUCUCUGUGAGGAAGACUUUGAGAUGUUCAAUGAGACAUGGGAGAAGUUUGAUGUAGAUGGAACUCAGUUCAUUGAGUACAGCCAGCUCUCAGAUUUCUGUGACACCUUGCAGCCGCCACUGAGGGUUGCCAAGCCCAACAGGCUCCGCCUGAUUGAAAUGGAUCUACCCCUGGUCAUUGGGGACCGGAUCCACUGCCUGGAUGUCCUGUCGGCCGUCACGCAGAUGGUAUUGGGAGACACAAUUGAGAUGGUGGCCAUGCGGGAGAGCAUUGAGGCCAAGUUCAUCCUGAGCAACCCCACCUCAGACUCCUUUGCACCGAUCACCACGACGGUGCGCCACAAAGAAGAGAGGAUAGCUGCUGUAGUCAUUCAGAGGGCUUACCGCACCCACCUGCUGAGACGCUGCAUACACCAUGCUGCUUUUAUGUACCGCUGUAAGAGGAUGGGUAGAAAGGACGAAGGUGAAGAUGCACCGGAGAAAGAGGGCAUGCUCGCUCGAAGGAUGGGAGUGCUCUAUGGAAGCAACGUGGACCUUGCAGAGGCGAUGGAGCAGGCUGAUUUAGAAACUCUAGCAAGCCAACAGCCUCCUACUUCUGAGACAGUGUCACAUGACACAGGGGCCCAGAGUGGUCCAGAGGAGCCCCCCGAGCCAAAUGUCAUGGUUGUUCCUGUAGAGAUUACUAAUGAGGUUUUAUUACAUUCUGCCCCGAACCCACACCUCUUUACCCUCCCUGCAAAUCUGAGAGAGACGAUCGUAUAACAAACAGCAGAAGACAAAUAAUUGUCUUCCUCCCUGUUGUUUUUUUUUUACCAGUCAAGGAAGUAGUGUUAGCAGUUGAAUUUUUCCACAUUAGAAGAAGAGGUUACACAGUGCUAAUGAAUAUUUAAACUGCAUUUUCCAUCAUUGACCGUAACAAACAAUUUCUAUUUUUCUAUGUGAUAUUCAAGUGUCUUUUUUGGUUAAAAGUGAAACUGGAGGGCAUGGUUUUCUCUGAUAGUAACCAUAAAGACAUCAGCAAAUAUAAACCAACAUUAAUGCUAAAUGCGAGACGAUUAAAAAUGAACAAGUUAGCAUGUUACAUGAUAAUAAAUUUGGCUGUAAAAACAAAUAGUAAUAUGCUGAAAUAUUCAAUUACAAGUUGUACUUGUUUAAUGUAAGUCCCACUGUAGAGACUAAUGUCUGUGCCUGCAAUGCUUUUCUCUGUGUAUUGGUGAGGGUAAAUGCUACUCAAAUUAACAUUUCCAAAUUAAAAAGCACAUGUAGAGAUGAUUUCUCAGCAUUUAAAGGGGACCUAUUAUGUGUUUUUUAAUUAUCUGCCAUAUUUAUAAUGUUACAAUGCCAUAUGUUCAUAUUAAACGUGGCCAAAGUUUCAGAUAAUUAGUUAAACAUACUUAAAAGUAACCUCAGGCUUUCCAAUGUUUUUUUUUUUUUUUCUUCUUUGCCUAUGAGCUGACGUUAGCUCGUGAUGGAUUCUCGCUCGUCUGCUCCAGGCAUACUACUGCAAGCUGUGUUUUUGCCCAAGCGUGUUGCACCUAUUCCCUUCCUACUGUGCUGUGAUUGGCCAGUACUAACCCGAACAUGACCUUUUUGCCCUGACCGCCUCCAUUCUGGACGCUGCCAUUGUGACAAGUACUAGCUAAUCACAGCACAGUAGGGCGGGCCUGGGUCAAAGACAUUACAUAAUCUACGCUGCUACAUGUAGCUACAUGCUAAUGUCAGGGAAACAUUUAAACAUUUAACAAGACACGGCAGACCUGGAAACUUAGACUGGCUUUUUAACAGGUUCUAGUACAAACCUAAAAUACAACCUGAAAAUAAUAGGUCCUCUUUAAAUUUACACUCGCUUUCAGGGAACUGCAUCACUUACUGUCAGCUGUUAAAACAGCUUGCUAAUGAAUCAUCAUAGUUGACCAGAUCUGUGAUAUGAUUCUUUCUAGUGACAAAUUCAUCUUUAAUUUGCAAGACAGAGCAAUCCAGUUGAAGUUAAUGCACGCUAUGGUUGAGGCCUCAAUAACCUCUCUCAUGAUAUGGCUGUUACCAGAAAAACAAACUAUGUGCCCCAGUUUCUAACCAGAGAGCAGCUUGAACAACAUAUGGCAAAAAAACCUUGGUGAUCCUUUUAUAGGCUGGGUUAAUGUCAUACACAGAGUGUGCAUUUAAAGCAACAAGAUAUCCAGUCUUUUUUGGUUCCUCUGAUGUGACAUGAACGCAGAGCUAUUAUCCAACUCCAACAGAAUGAUACUUAAAAAUUGAAUUAAUAUACACACAACCGUUUCAUGGCUAAAACCGUGCAAUCGGGAGUCAUUUGUUUUCAUUUUUGAAAAGUCAAAACAGAGCAAAAUCUUAUUCCUGCUUACUUUAAGUCACUUUUAUGUGGAAUCUCAUCAAUGUGAGGGCUCUGCAUGCUAAUUCUUUCAAUCAGACACAAUAUGAAGUUUGGAGUUUGUACAUUUAUCAAAUUAAUAACUGAAAAACAAGGCUGAUAGUGAUGACGUUUAUCUGCCAGUGAAACCCUGAUCUCUGUUAUUCUUUAUAACGCGGGCCAGUUAAUGCAGUUAACAUCUGAAGGCCCAGUUUAUAUUGCACUAUUUAUAUCCCUUCCAGGUCAAGUUAGAGCAGUUGACUGUGUAAGACUGAGAGACCUUCCUGUUUUCUAAGAUGAUUUCAUCCCUGAUGUAUGCAUGUCUUAUAAAUGUUAUGUCUAUUUUUUCAGUCCCCUCUCAGACGUCAAACACUUGUUUUACAUUUCAGCAUUUAGAUGUAAACGCCAUGACUGUUAACUUAAGAUGUGUUUACAUUAACAGAACUGCUAAGCUUAACUUAAUUUCAACAAUAAUUCUAGCAGUAAUGCUCUCACUUGCUGUACAUUUUAAAUGAAGUUUUGCCUCAGGUUGUAUCAAGUUUUUCUUGAUCUUAAAUUAAUCUCAAACACAGCUGAGUGAUGGUUUAGUUUAAUACACAGACAACACUUUACAAUAACCAUCAUUAAUCAAUGGUAAAUCAAUAAUUUAUUGAACUGUUAACAGACAAUUAAAUGAUAAUUAUUGAUGUUUGCUUAUAUUAGUAAUGCUAUUAUUUGUGUUCUUUUAACCAACCCAUUCUCAUUUCCUAAACGUCAACUAUGAUGUUCUAGGUACCCCUCCUGUGCUGGUUUCAGAUGUUCAGGGACAGUGUGUCAAUUUUCACUCGUUAUGCACAUUGGGUCUUUUCAAAAUAGAUUUCCGUUUUCCAAGGAAACGUACCAUUUCUGCUUGUUAAAUGCAUGCAGUCUGUUUUUCAAAUUAAACUUAAAUGUAGGUAAUUAAUUUAAUUUUUAGG